CUCACCUCGAGGCCUAUAUUACUGUUCGCAGCGAUGAGAUAUGGCUUGUUGUUGCUGGAUUUUUGUUAGAUUGUAGAGAGAGAGAGAGAGAGAGAUCAUAGCCAUAUAUUUCUAAUCCCUUUUUUUUUCUAUCAGAUCUAUUAGCAUCUAAGGCGAAGAAGACGCUUUGUUGUGAGCGUUUCUCUCUUCGGUGGUGGUUUCCGUUGCCCUGUCCAGAGCACUAAAGGGAGGCUGAUCAGUAGAUUUAUGUCGGCUGAGUUUGAUUUGGCUUCGAGUGGGGCUCAGUUGCAGCUCUGUUUAUCUUUUUCUUCUUCAACUACUAUCUGUGCACAGUUGUUCUUCACCGCUUUGUUGGCCGUUUCUUGCAUGAUUCUCUGCUUCUCAAGGCAGAGACUGAAUCUCGUGUUCCCGGCGGUUUCGAUGCGUUUGAGAUCGAAAAAGCCUUGUUUCGGAUUUGAGUGUAUUGGAGGUUUCCAUAUAAAACAACGAUUUUUCUAUCUUCUCUUAUUUUUUAGAGGGGCUCGUACUUGAUUUUGCUUUGAGAGUCUUGAGAAAUUUUGUACACCCUUUUUCCCCUUGAUUUUGUUUUCAUAGUUUGUCCACUGCUUUGGGGGGGGGGGUUAGCUCGAGUUUUACCCAGUUUUGUUUCCAGAAAAAAUGUUGAACCAUCGAAAACAAACCAUGAAUCCAAGUAAAUCCUGCAAAAAGACCAAGAAAACCGAAUCUACCAUUGCUGAAGAAGCCCAAAUGAUCCGAAAAGUUCGAGUCAUCUUCCAUGAUCCGUAUGCGACUGAUUCGUCUUCAAGUGAAGAUGAAUCAGAGGAAACUAGAAAAGUUCCGAAGGGAAGGCGAUUUGUUCGAGAAAUCAGAGUUCCUAGUUUGGGCUUUGGUUCACCAGCAAAGCCCCUUGAAUCCGAGACUUCUUCUCAAGACAGUAAUUCUAAAACCCCGACCAGCAGGAAAAGGGUUAUGGCCAAACCCCUCGAAGACAAGAAGUCUAAGGUUGCUAAAACGAGGAAACCUGUUGGCGUUCGUCAAAGGAAGUGGGGCAAGUGGGCUGCUGAAAUCCGGCAUCCACUGAAGAAAACCAGGAUUUGGUUGGGUACUUACGACACUCUUGAAGAAGCAGCCAAGGCUUAUGAUGCUAAAAAGCUUGAAUUCGAGUCUCUUGCCGUUUCUGCAGAUUCCAUUUCGUCCGAGAAAACCAAUGACCUUUCAUGCUCCGUCGCUGCUUCUGACAACACUACUGCCUCUACUUCUGAGGAGUCUGAUGGCCCUUUGUCGCAUACUUCUCCAUCGGUGCUCGAGGUGGAUGCUUCCUCUUCUGUUUCAGUCUCGAACAACAACGAUGAUUGUGGUGAUACCAACAAAGAGAUGUUCGAUGUGAGCUUCGCUGAUAUACCAAUACCUGAUCUCUGUUUCAUCGGUGAUCCAUUGCUGUCUGGUUCAGUUGACCAAGAGCUAAACAUAGACGCCGAAGCUGGUGAUUUUCUGUUUGUCAACGAUUUUGGAAUGAUGCUGGAGGAUUACUGCAGCAUCGAAGACCUAAGUAUUUGCGGUAUUGGAGCCGACGAGCCCAGUGAUCUACCCGAUUGUGAUUUCAGCACCGAUGACAUUCUUUUCGAUGAAGUUGCCGAUGAAGUUGCCGCCCCCCUCAACAUAGCUUGCCCAUAAGUUUUGCAGUUAGAAAAUUUAGUAUUUUAAGCGUUAUCUGUGGAUCUCUGGGACUCUCCAAGAUGAAUUCUUAGUGAUGUUUUUUUGAGUGAGUUCGUAAAAAAACUGUGUUUUGCCGAGUCAAAAAUGAAAUGAGUCCGAGUCAUUCCCUUGGGUUUUCUUGUGCUGUAGAGCCGUCCUGAGGGAUUAAUCUAUAUCUGGUAGGGUGCUUGAUCUUCCAAGCACCAUUGAUACUGUGUUUUCUAGCGCUCAUUUUCAUAUUGAUGGAACUAAGUUUUGUUAUUUGGUAUAAUUUUUGAUUUGAUUUA